UUAUUUUGUGAUAGGGAAAGGACAAUGUAACAACAGAUAUUGGUCGGGCUCUACUUGCAGCUGAGCUGACAUUUAAAAACCUUCACAAAUAGUCAGAUACAUUUAGGCCUGCAGUAGUUUCAAUCAGACUCGCAGCUCAUGUGUCUCUUGUGCCAGCGCUCCAUGUUGAUGUUUGUGGAAAAGGGACAGUCGGUUGACAUUCACCCAGCUCCAGCAGGAUGUAAUUGGAGAGCCCUUGAUGCACUGACCUUCAGACAAUCCUGCAGAGAACACAGACACAUGCACACAUGAACCCCCCCCCCCCUGUGUGGUUAGUGGUUAUAAAUUGGAUGUUUCUCAACAAUUGACUGAAAUAUGGAGCAAAAUUUUAACAAACACAAACAUGGAAUCCUUGUAUUUGUGAUAAGGUGAUUGAAUCUCCUCUAGUUUCAGUUAUGUGUGUGUUCAAACUCGUAAGGUAUUACAUUUUGUCUUGUGUCGAUAUGUAGUUGGAACACAGGCAUGAUCUACAGAACAUGUAACAUGGAAUAUUUUGAGCAUUGAUGUGACUAUCAGCCCUGCAGGCGGUGAGGUGCACACUGAGCUCAGCUUAAGAGGAAACAGUAAAGCCUUACAGUGUGACUCUUACCACUCUGUUUCCUGGAGAUAACCAGCCUGUGGUUGUACUAAAACUGAGGACUAGUGAUGCUUCACUUACACAACAUGACAUACUGUAGUUUAGCUGUGACUGGAAGAUAUCCGAGAGUUUUAUUCGUCUACUCUCCACUGGAAAUGGUGAUAUCCUGGAAAACUGCCAUCACACUGCGAGGAGACAUGCUGUAUGCAGGCAUGUUUACGGUCAUGCCAGAUGACUGGUUGUUUUCUAUUUAUAUAUCCUGACUCUGCCCAUGUGAAAAGGACAGGUUAUUAAUAGAAAACAUGGAGGCCGGCUUGACAUAGGGAACAAGUUUUACUUUCAUGCUGUUCUGUUUGUCGAUGUGGAUCCAUGAGUGCUUAAUGCUUCGUCACCCAGGUGAGCGUCAUGCUGACCAGCAUCACUGAGGGGAUCCUCUGCUGCCUGACUGGGAAGGCUGCCAGUCUGGUCUUACCCCUGGAGUCGUCAGAACCCUCUGAUGGGUUUGAGUUUGUGGAGGUGAAACCUGGAAGAGUCCUGCGAGUGCGGCACAUCGUCCCUGAGCGUCAGCCCAUAGUAACAGAGGACCAAGUUGCAGACAAAGAGAAAACAGACGGGAACCGCGCUGAUGAAGGCUCUCCUCGCUGUAAUGAGAGCAACACUGGCAGCAGUGUCCACUGCAAGAGGAAGAUCACUGUCUACCGCAACGGCCAGUUGGUAAUUGAGAAUCUCGGUGACGUUUUGCACUCUGAGAUCCUGCAGUGUCAGGAUGGGGAUCUGGAGCCAUGCAGCACAGUGGAGGUGGAGCUGGCAGACUACAAAGAAAUAGCCUCCUCUCCAGACCCCAAACCUGUUCCUCCUCCAGUUCCUCCGCCUCAUGGGGAACAGAAGCCUGCUCCGCCUCCUCGCCGCCGCCGUCGCAAGCCAAAGCGCACAGUGGCUAUAGACUCAAAUAGGGUGAUCGCUAGCUGCAAAGGGACGCACUCAGACGUGGCGUUGUUCUUUGUGCAUGGCGUGGGAGGCUCUCUGGACAUUUGGGGCAGCCAGCUGGACUUCUUCUCUCGGCUGGGCUAUGAGGUCAUUGCGCCGGAUCUGGCGGGGCACGGCGCCAGCACUGCCCCACAGAUUGCAGCAGCUUAUACUUUUUAUGCCCUGGCUGAGGAUCUACGCGCCAUCUUCAAGAGAUACGCUCGGAAACGCAACAUUCUCAUCGGCCACUCAUAUGGGGUGUCAUUUUGCACCUUCCUGGCCCAUGAAUAUCCCGAUUUAGUCCAUAAGGUGGUGAUGAUCAAUGGAGGAGGUCCCACAGCUCUGGAGCCCAGCCUCUGCUCCAUAUUCCAGCUGCCAUCCUGCGUCCUUCACUGUCUGUCACCCUGUCUGGCCUGGAGCUUCCUCAAAGCGGGAUUUGCUCGUCAGGGCACAAAAGAAAAGCAGCUGCUGAAGCAGGGCAAUGCCUUCAACGUGUCACCGUUCGUCCUGCGAGCCAUGAUGAGCGGCCAGUACUGGCCAGAGGGGGAUGAGGUCUACCAUGCUGAACUCACCGUUCCCAUCCUUCUGGUUCAUGGCAUGUGUGACAAGUUUGUGCCCAUGGAUGAGGAUCAGCGCAUGGCAGAGAUCCUCCUAUUUGCCUUCUUAAAAGUCAUUGAGGAAGGCAGUCACAUGGUUAUGAUGGAGUGUCCCGACACUGUCAACACUCUCCUCCAUGAGUUCUUCUUGUGGGAACCCGACAUGUCCAAGAAAGACAGCAGCAAGACAGACACAGGGAAGACAGUGGCUGCCAGUGACACUCUCCACACGCUGAAAAUCAACAAGUCGAUGGAUAAAUAACCAACAAGGACGUCUAGUUUAAUCAAGCAGAAGGCCUUUUAUGGCAUGUUGGCGUGUGUUCUUAAGGCUGCUGCCAGGCUGAGAGCUGUUAUAUACAGGGCCACAUCUUAAGGAUGUGGGCGGCCGCUGGUGCUUCAAGAUAAAGCAGGACUUAGGGCGUGGUGCCAACAAGAGUACGAUGGGACAAACAUUAAGACGAGAGGAACAGAUGCAAAUUCAAAGUCGGUGUCUGCUUUGCUUUUUGAUACAAGUCUGUGCUCCAUCACGUUACGUUUGCAAAAUGUGACAAUAUCUGGAAAACAAAAGGACUAUGUCCACUUGUGAUGUGUGUUUGAAAUGUUUCUUGUGAAGAACUGACUAUGGCAAGAUGCAUAAGGCAUAUGAUCCAUGAAAUGGUGUCUGAAGCUCCUCACCUUCAUCUUAAAUACUCUGUAAAGUACUGUCGAGCUUCUGUUCUGCCCUUGUUGAACAGAUAUUAUUUUAUCAUUGGGCCCAUCUUACAUCUGAUUUGAGUGAGAACCUGGCAAAUGUAUUGAAUUGAGGAAUUACAGAUGCCAGGAUGAUGGCUCACAAUAGGAUUACACUGUUGAUAAUAUUAAUUUAUUUUAAAAUAUUGACUGGAGUGUAAAAUAAUAGAUAUGAUAAUAAUAAAAUAGAUAAUAACAUUAAUAUGCUGAUAUACGUGCAAAAUGCAAUUAUUAAUUGCAUCACCUUUAUAAAUAAAUAACAUUAUUCCUGGAAGAAAAACAAAAACUCAAUGAUCACCUGUGAACCUUUUAACCAGCCCCUUUCACUGUCUGCACCAUCUCCAACAUGAAGACUCACAAUUACACAAAGUGUAAGGGACAUUGACUCAUCUGAUCUAAACAACAGCACUUUACUUUCCAUAUAUUGAAUUUAUAUCAAAACUAAAUCCAGAAAGAAAUACAUGUGACUAAGCACAAUGUAAUCAAUUCAUACAUUCAUAGUUGCAUGGAAAUUAAAUAAUAUUCAACAGGAGAUGUUGACAGAUGUAAACAAACAUGGAUGCCAAAUAAUGAUUCUCCUCCUUAAUCUAGCAGCCAUUUCAACAGAACUAUAUAAUAUCCUAAGGAUACAAAGUACUGAGGCCCUGAAUGAUUUCAGAGUAGGAAAAGGUAUGGCUUCAGACAGCUGCAGUAUAUUCUCAUAUUGAAAAAAAAAAAAGAUUUCCCAGUGCACUCCUCUCUAAUCAAAUGAGUGUUAUUCUAAGUGUGUAAGUAUUAUUUUUGCCUUUAUUCUGAAAUAACAGCAACUGCCAUAACAAAUUGUGGUUGUAUUGACCGCUUUAUGCUGUUGUAUCUCGAAGCUGAUAAAUGCAAACCAAGUGUGUGUUCUCCUAUUACUCUGCAGUCCACCCUAUUUAUCUAAUAGUGUCAGACUGAACGAAUUAUGCUCACUGAAAGACAUUCAUUUAUGGGUGCUGCUUUGUCUCAUAGUGGGACAGUAAGGUGCGAGUAAAAUGACAGUGUAUUUCUCUCCCCUGUUACUCUUUAUCUGCUGACUGGAUGGUUUAUACUGUUUGGAAUUGCAGACGGUGCAAAGUGGUGGAUUUGAAACUGGGUCAAAUGAUGCUAAAAAAUCUAUUAUGAAUCAUGCAAAGGAGAAAGUCCCCUUCUGAGGGACAUUUGCUCUGACCAUGCAGGUUGUAAUAUAUGCAUUUUGACAGAAUGCGGAUGCAAUGUGAUUGCUCCUAUGCAAAUGGCACAAAGAGAGAUAGAAUGGAAAUAAACUGGCCCGGCCCUGACACUUCUAAAACAUUAUCUGUUCUCUACAGAAACCAACAAAUGCUGCUGAUGCAAAGUACUGUAUGUUUUCUUUGGUGGGAUUGAUCAGUAAAACUGUAUGGACUACAGGGUGCACAUCUACUUCCUCUUAUGCUAAAAGUGUGCAUAUACAAAUUGUCAGUGCUCAUAUGUGCUAUAUCUUUUUGUCGUUAAAAUGUGCUAAUGUUGUUGUUGCAUUUAUUCAUGGAGUUCAUAUUAUAUGCACUACCUCCGUACAGAUGCAUAUAACAUUAUAUAUCCUGUGAAAACAGUUGGAGUCAGUGUAUGAAUGUACCAUUCAAAAUAAAACAGAUGUUCACAGUC